UGUAUUGGAACGCGCAGUGAACACAUCGAAAACCGGAAAACAGAGAUCGAACAGAGAUGUCUCUACGCAGGAAAGAGGACUACAUACCCAUCAAGUGCGAGGGCUGGGACGGCAAGUUCGUCUAUCAGGACGGAGCCGUCAACAAUGUGUCCAAGGUCCGACGCCACAACCAGAAUGUGACCAACACCAACAACUUCUACGGCUGCAACACGGAACCCAUUGUCCUGCCCACCGCCUGGGAUGGAACUUUCGUGAAGAGCGGCGAGACGCGUAUCAAGCCCGAGCGCAAUCGCUCCGACGAUCAGGACUACUACGAUUAUAACUCGGAUCCGACAGUGCUGCCGACGACAUGGAGCGGCGAAUUUGUCACCGAUCCGAACGAUGUGCGCAUCAAGCCGGAGAGGAACUUUUCCGAUGCCCGGGAUUAUGCCGAGGCGAGUCGCUUCAAGCUGGUCCAGCAUUGAGAGAGGAAGAGAUCCCGAUUCCGAUUCCGGUCCCGAUCCCCGUUCUAUUUCGUGAGCAAACAAACUAACUCUGCAAUCAGUAUACGUAUUCCCCAUUUGUUUGGUUCGGUUUUGCAUUGUACUCUAACAUAAGCGUUCGUUGUAUUUUAUAUUUAUACAUAGAUAUUUAUUCGUACUCCUAAUAAACAAAGCAAAAACUGAAA